GAAUACCACGAGCUAGCGCGUCUACUUCACAGGCCAGGCCAUCAACUCAACUGCCAAGGGGUCCAUUGUACCAGCUGGGUCAUGGAUCUCUCCCGCCUGAAAUCUGACUCCACCCACCAAAAGUCUGAGCCUGCAGGCCUAGGUUUCGACUCUGCUGGCCAAGAUUAUUUCUCUGCAGCCCAAGAAUUCGACUCUUUCUACCAAGAAUUGAACCUAGACUCUCUUAAUGAAGAUCUUCUUUUCCAGUUCAUGCCACAUGCCAGGACAGAGACCUCUGUGGGCACAUAUGAAUCCCACUCGACUUCUGAACUGGAGGAUCUGACAGAGCCUGAGCAAAGAGAGCUCAAAGCCAAACUCACUAAAUUGGAGGCUGAAAUUGUAACCCUACGCCACGUACUAGCAGCCAAAGACAGACGCUGUGGGAAGCUCAAGAGGAAGUUAGGCUUCACGGCUUUGGUAGGACUGAGACAGAAUCUAUCCAAGAGCUGGCUUGAUGUUCAGGUCUCCAACACCUAUGUGGAACAGAAGACGUCAGCUGCUCUGUCCACCAUGGGCACUGCCCUCUGCAGGAAGCUUGGAGGCAUAAAGAAGUCGGCCACAUUCAGAUCUUUUGAAGGUAACCCUAAAUGAGAAGGAAGCAGAAUAUAACCCUCUGGAGAGCUCAAGACAGUAGGAACCUAGACUGUGUUUGUUUCAAUUUUCUGAUAUCUGAUUUUCACAGGAAUAUACAUUUUUUUUGUUUUCCUUUCCCAUUUCCAAAAUGCCAAGAUCUGGGAGCCUCUUUCAUUCCUCUAGUCACACUGCCUGCGAUAGAAGUUAGUGUCUUAUUGGCUGUGGGCAGAGACUAGGACUCUUAUUUGCUUGGGUACAUUUCAGUAACCUCUCACUGCCUAAAAUAGUAGUCCCUCCAGCCUAAGAAGAUGAUUCUGUUUUGUUGACUCUUGAAUGCUCCCCCAACAUUCCUUUGGUUUUCCUAUAAGCAAAACCAAAUACCACUAUAAAUAUAAAAGCAUUUGGUAAAUUGUAAAGUUACUCAUGUAUCCCAACCCUCUACAUUUCUGAAGACAAAAUUUUGCUUGGAUUAAAACAAGAUGUUUUACUAUUUUGCA